AGUAUCAAAGACCUGCCCUGGAAGCCAGAAGACUAACACCGUUGCAGCAGAAAAUGAACCCAGCAGUAAGGCAAGAGCCUCAAACCCCAGCUCUAGAAGGAAAAUCACAAUGUGAACACAGGCAGUCGGAGAAGUGCACAAGUGUGGGGAUAGACUUUAAUUCUUUCCUACUGAAGCUUCAAGAAGAUGGGCAGGCUAAACUUGCAUGCCCCAGGAAGUCACUGACCACAUCAAAAGUACCCAUUCCCCCUUCCGAGCCUGAGGAUGAUUUCCUAAUCCUGGAGGAUGAUGACCCUAUAAAGUUCACGAUUCCAAGAAAAGAGGACCACUGUAAUGGUCAAUCUAGGCAGAGACAGAGCAAAAGAUCAGGGCCCUGUGAAGAACAAAGCUCAAAAGACACAGAGAUGGAAGACAUCUUAUCAGAGGAGGCAGAAAAGCAGCAGGAGCCAGGACAUGCAAGGUGCUCUGACACAGAAGAACGUCAAACUGUCCAUCCAAGAGCAAAGAAGAAAGGGAAGGAGGGCAACUCAAGCAUUCCUCCAGCCAAAAAGAACGCCCUACACAAGAUGAAGGGGAUAAGGCCUAGAAAUGAUGGUGAUGAGGUGGACAGUGAUGCAUUGUCCAGCCAACAGGACUUCCCUGCUUAUGACUUUGUGGAAAAACAGCAUAAUAAGAAGCAACAGCAUCACAAUGCACCAUCCAAAAUGAGCAAAGCAGAUGACCAAUUUAAGGAGAACACCAGUAGUGAAACUGUGGGGGGGGGGAAACUUGCGAAAGAUGGUGGAAAAAAUGCCAAGAAGAGGAGGUUGAAGUCGGCACAGGGAAACAGGGAAAGGACAUGGCGGUCAGAUGAUUGUGAGGAACCUCUGCCUGUGGAAGCCCUCCAGCAGCAACACCAGGGGUCAAACAGCGAAGAGCAAGGUAGUCCUGGGUACUGGGACUCUCCAGUACAAGAGGCAGAGAAGAAUCCAAGCCCAGAGUUCCAUGGAAAAAUAAAGUCGAAGCUCCCAGCAAAAAGAAAGGUUCAGCAGGCAAAACCCUCCAGUGUUGGUGGUGGUGAGAAGCACUUGUCUGAAGACAGUCCAUUGCCUAGGAAGAGAAGACAUAAACCCUCUGGAGAGUGGCGGAUAUCCUCUUCACAGAACACUGAGAAAAAAGAGGUGGGAGACAGGCCGCUCACACUCAAGUCAAAACCCUCCAGUGUUGGUGGUGGUGAGAAGCACUUGUCUGAAGACAGUCCAUUGCCUAGGAAGAGAAGACAUAAACCCUCUGGAGAGUGGUGGAUAGCCUCUUCACAGAACACUGAGAAAAAAGAGGUGGGAGACAGGCCGCUCACACUCAAGUCAAAAGAGAACAACAGGAAGACCAGUGCACCUUCUGCUAUAAAGGCUAGGCAUGAUGUGGAUCCAACAGAGGGGGAUCAGAAGCGAACUUUGCCUGCAUCCAGGAAGACCACACGACAGAACGCUGAGAAAAAGAUGGCAAAACCUAACAAAGACAGAGGGAAGAGAAGAAUAUCUGGUGAGACUGUCCAGGCAGACCAAGAUAUCCAUGCAGCUGCGGCAGAGCAGAUCCUAGACCAAGAAGACAAGCUGCAGGUUCCAGUUUCAGAGAAACGGAGAAGGAGACCUCCAGGUAACUGGUGGGCAGCCAAUGACAGACCUACAGAUGCAGUGAUCGUUUCCUCACAUCCUCCAAGGCACAAUCCCAACUAUCACAAAACACGUGAGGCAGGAAGGAAGUGGUCCAAUUCACAGAAAUCCUUUGCUCUUGAAACCCCCAAAAAUGACAAUGUGGAGGUCUCGGCAAAGCCAGCAGAGGGAGCUGUUCUGCCUUUGAAACUGAAAUCUGUUAAUACUCCAAAAACUGUGAGGCGCUCUGUGGAUACAUGUAAAGACAUUUUCACUAAUGCUACAGAGACCCCUGUUUCCAAUGAAGGAAAGGCAUGUCUGAAAAGGGACAUAUUGCUGCUCCCAGUCAUUGAGAAAACUGCUGAGCAAACUGACAAAACCGUGGUCACUGUGGAUUGUGCUGGAAAGAGCAAAAAUACACGGAGCAUCCUUUCAGAGAGUGAGAUCCACCGGGGUGAGAAACGGCUGUCUGAUAACACGGCAAAAAGUUUCAUUAGUGGACCAAAUGAAGAGCAUGAGAACAGUCCUCCGAUGUGCAUAGAUGUCCCUCCUGUGCAGUCUGUCUUAGAGCUGUGUGGUUAUCCUCUUGAGCCAAUACUUCUGGAAAAGGAAGACUCGGACCACUUAAGCCAUUGGCUUGAGCUUCUCUGGCCUCCCACAACCAAAAAUUAUCAAAUCACACCGGACAAUUUCAACUGGUAUGCCUAUAAAGGCAACGUUAUGGGCAUGCAGAUGGAUAUACACUGCAGUUCCUUCUGUAUCGGCAAGCUGUUGUUGGGCUCCUACAUGAAGAAGCCUCUCUGCGUUGAUCACAGUGCGACAACAGUUUUUACUCUUGCCACGGGUAGUGUGAAAUUGACUGUCGAUGGAAAUGAGUCCUACCAAGGAGCAGGGCAAGUCAUGAUGGUACCAUGUGGACACGCAUACAGCAUUGAAAACCUUACUGAUGAGCCUGCAGUAUUGUAUUUCAAUAGAAUGCAAGGAGAAAGUCUGGAUUGAAGAGAAGAAUAUCCUUUUUUUUUUCAAACAUGUUAUUGUAAUGUGGUUUUGCAAUUGUUAAUAAAAAAAUUUGGAAUUGGG